AUGUCUCCCGUCAAGCCAUCCUGGAAGCAGCCGUCCCACCCCGAGAUCCAACAAGUCAUCGCCGGCAACGCCGAGGACUUCACGACAAAGAGCUUGUCCAAAGUCUCCGUGCCACCCUUUGGCCUAUUUGCCAAACUCGAGUUUCCGCCUUGCGAACUGGUCGCCGAGGCGACUUAUGCUACCGUCCAGAUGGACAAGGACAAGCAUCUGACUCUCAACAGCGACUUGCUCUACAUCAAUCACUCUUGUGAACCUUCUCUUCAUUUCGAUAUGAGAAACAUGAGAAUUGUGGCGGGACCAAAGGGCCUUCAGCCUGGAGAUGAGCUCACACCGUUCGAUUGUUUCUGCGGCAAGCCCACUUGCAAAAAGACCAUCACUGGCGCCAAGGAUAUGCCAUCUCAUUUGCUUGAUGGUCUGUGGCUCAACGACCACAUUCAUCAGCUUCUGGAGGAGCAGGCACUGCUUCGCGAGACUCAGCAGCAACAUGGACGAUUGCCUGAGAGUGCGGGACAUGGAUUGCUUCGUCGCGGGAUAACGUCUCGAGAAUUGAGCGGAGAAAUGAGCGGCGAUACUGUGGCAAAGGCUUGA